AUGGCAGCAGGAGAACUGCGGCAGCGACAAGAGAUGCUCAUGAGGAACCAGCUGAUGGCAGUGAACCCUCAGCUGAUGGGCACAGCCCAGCAGAGAAUGCAGGCAAUCCCCUCCCAGUUUGAGCCCCGGCUGGUUGACAGAGAUCUGCUACCUUCAGCUGAAAUGACGGCCACGGCCGACCCGAGGCAGAUUCACAUCGCGUCGCACCUGGGGCCCGCAGUCCCGCAGCACAGCAGCAUGCCCAGCCUGCUGCCCAGCCGCAUCUACCCAGGCCCAGGGUAUGGCUUUCUCCAACCAGAAUCCAUGGAGGCUGUGGCCAGAAGACAGGAACUGGUUCAGAAGCAAAAUAUUGCCAGAAUGGAGAUGGAGAUGAGUGCUAUUUUUCAGCAAAAAGAAAUGGAGAAAGCUCAUCGGAAAGGACUGCUGAGCCUGGAAGCACCUUUCCUUUACCACGGGAUGCCGGCCAGCCCCAUUGCUUUCCGUGGAAGGCACAGGCUGCCUGAAGGACACCUUCCCAGUGACUUAUAUGUUCAUCGUACCACCCUCGACGACAUCCAUGGUAACACCAUGCUGAUGGCCACCAGCCCCUACCCCCCCGUCAGCACCCUGCAAAGGGAGAGGAGCCGCCGGCCGGGGAGGAGAGCUGCAAACCACAAAGCUGCAGACUGCGGGGCCAGCGGCACCAAGAGCCAAGCUGAAGACAAAAGUACAGACCUGGCUUCCACUGCAGCAGAUGAUGAGAAAGAAGACAAGAAAGAGGCGGAGGUGGAGACGCCAAACAAACACGAACAAAGCAAAAAUCAGGUGGAGCUGUCAGCAGCUGCCAAAAACUGCAAAGAGUUGGAGCAAGACUUGAGAAAAAACUGUGCUAAUCACGAAAUUUCUGCUGAACCCAACAGCUGCAACAACACAAGUGAGAAGGAGUCUAAUAGCUCCUGUGCUGCUUUUGAUGACAAGUACAUGUACCCGUCCGCCAUCCCGUUCUCAGCGCUACCAUAUGGAUUUCCAGUUCCCAGCAACCCACUGCUACCUCCAGGUUUGUCAGGUCUCCAGAUUACACUUAAAGCAGCACAUGGCCUGAUCCUGAACGGAGAAGACAUUUCCACCAUUGAAGACAUCCGCAAGUGGACGGUUGAUGAUGUGUACAGCUUCAUCAUUAGCCUCCCAGGCUGCUCCGAUUAUGCCCAGAUAUUCAAAGACCAUGCUAUCGAUGGAGAAACCCUCCCACUGCUAACAGAAGAACAUCUCCUAGAUACCAUGGGAUUAAAACUCGGGCCAGCGUUAAAAAUCCGUUCUCAGGUGUCUCGACGUCUGGGCAAUGUGUUCUACAUGAUGAACCUUCCCCUGUCCGUGCCCCUGCCUCCUGCUCCAGGCAAACCCCCAGAGCAGCCCUCCGACAUCACCUCUCCUCUUCGCUGCAACAGCAGCGGCGAUGCGUUGGACAGCCCCUGCUCACAGGGCCUGGAGACUUCAAAAACAGUGGAACAGAUUGUUUCAGAAAGCAGGGAUCAUCCAUGUGAUGCAGAUGGACCACAGGCUGAUUUCCAGAUGAUCACCUUUCAGAAGAGUUGA